UACAACGAUUGACGUUACGAGAUUACAUUAUAGGAACAUUAUAUUCUUGCAUGUGAAAUCAAGUGCAAAGUACAUGAUAGUACAGGAUAUAAAUACAAUGAAAUGAAAAUUGCGUGCUAGAUGACUGUACGUACUACAUGGUUAUGCAUCAUCGAUUUUGAUCAUUAAAUCUUUCCCAUAUAAAUUAAUAAAUGAUACUAAUCAAAUAACACAGUGACAUUUUAUCAUAAAACAAAAUUUAACAGACAAGAUUUUAAAACAAAGUUCGACAAACAAAAUCGCCAAUCUAAUGGAUCUCUUGCAAGAAGUUCAACAUUUAUGGACAAAACAGCUUGAUCCACGAGUAGUCGAUUUGCCUUUAAUUCAAUCUUCUUAUCAUGUGCCACUUAUAAUAUUUGCGUAUCUGUAUUUCGUGCUCAAGUGUGGGCCUCGAUUUAUGAAGAAUAGGGGACCAUAUUCACUAAAAACGUUUAUGAAGUUGUACAAUAUUAUUCAAAUUGUGGCAAACGCUUGGUUGGUUUACGAUCACAUCGAUGCCGGUUUGUUCACAAAUUCAAAAUUAAUAUGUCCCUCAGUUUUGGAUUAUUCCUACGAUUAUACUCCAAUGAGGUUAAGUAGGAGUGCAUAUUAUUAUUUUCUCUUGAAAAUCUUGGAUUACGUCGAAACAGGCAUAUUCGUAUUAAGGAAGAAAAAUAAUCAAGUGUCUGGUUUGCAUUUAUACCAUCAUGUAUCUACCUUGUUUCUGGCAUGGUUAGGUGUAAGAUAUGUCGCUAUUGCUCUUUUAUCAUUGAGCUGCAUGAUAAACAGUUUCAUACAUAUGAUAAUGUACACCUACUACUUCCUAGCAGCUUGCGGGCCAAACGUUCAAAAAGUUGUAGCAUCUAUGAAACAGUGGAUAACUAAAGCACAAAUGGUGCAAUUCGUCAUAUUGAUACUGUAUGCCUUGCAGUCAUUUCUGCCAGGUUGCAAGAUAGCGGAGCAUUGGGAAAUGAUAAUAUACAUCGGAAAUAUAAUGAUGAAUUUCUAUUUGUUUUAUAAUUUCUAUCAAAAGUCAUACAAUAAACCUAAGAGAAAGAUCUAAUAGAUAGUAAGAGAACUAAUAGAUAGAUAUAUGCAAAGCCGAAAAGUGUCAAUUAUUGUUUGUAUACAAUCGAAUGUUUGUAUCGUAAAUCGGAAUCAAAAAACAUUUUAUUUUUUGCUCGUUUUCUCACUUUAACGUCAUCAUACGAUAAAUGUAGGUAAUAAAAAGAGCAGUGCAAAGCACGAAGUUUAUUUUAGCGGUAUAUAAUUCACAAUACGAACAAAUUUAUAAAAACAAAAAAUGCAUUAUACGAAGGAAAUAAAAGGCAAUCAAGAGCCAGCGCGGUAAUUUGUGCACAUAUGUUUUAUUACAAUCAAAUUACAUUGAUAUUUUGAUUGUGAUAGACAAAAUUCGCAUGAAUUUUAUGUGCACUUAUACAUGUAGUUUAGUGAAAUAAAUAGAUCAAAUUAACUAAUAUCCGUGUGUAACUUUUGCCUUCUGUACAACAUGAGUGACUCACUCAAGUUUGGUAUAAUUAUAUUGCCAGUUAUUUUUUAAUGUAAUAUAUUUUAUCAGACUGUCUCUUUCUGUCUCGAAAUUACAUUAUACAAUAUUUACCAUCUGACAACAUGGACAACAUCUGACUCACUUUUGUUCUGCGUAUUAUUACUGUCACAUUUUUGAUAUAAUAUAGUCCAUAUACUUUGUAAUUACGCUGGGAUGGUCCAAAAAAAGGGAGCGAAACGUACGCUUUUUGUGAUUUUGUCUAUCACAUAAUCAAAAUAUCAAUGUAAUUUGAUAGUAAUAAAACAUAUGUGCACAAAUUACCGCGCUGGCUCUUGAUUACCUUUUACUUCCUUUGUAUGAAGAAACAAAUAGAGUAAAGUUUGUAAAUACAGAAAUAAUUUUGGGUAAAUAUAGCGAAUAGGGGACC